AUGGCCCACACUCAACCGUCGCCUACUGGGGGCGUAGCUCCCCACCAUGGUCAUCUUGCAGCUCACCCGCAAGUCAAUGGUCAUAUGCCGCUGCAGUCUCAAGGUCAGAAGGGUCCUCCUCUGACUACUGCUCAGAAAAUCGCAGCGCUUAAUGAGCAGGUCUGGCUUCAAAUUGGUAGUCUUACUGAAUUGAUGGGCGAUCUUGAUGGUGCUAUGAACGCUUAUGAGCAAGCGCUUCGACAUAACCAAUGGUCAAUCCCUGCUAUGAACGCCAUAUCGUGCAUCCUCCGGACCAAGGAACAAUUUCCGAAGGCGAUCGAGUACCUUCAGAACAUUCUCAAAUUAGACCCGACCAGUGGAGAAACCUGGGGUCAUUGCCAUCUAAUGAUGGAUAAUCUGCAAGAAGCCUAUACUUCUUACCAGCAGGCGCUUUAUCACCUGCGUGAUCCCAAGGAACCCAAACUCUGGUACGGAAUUGGUAUCUUAUAUGAUCGCUAUGGCUCCCUUGACCAUGCCGAGGAGGCUUUCUCUCAAGUCAUGCGGAUGGCUCCCGACUUUGAGAAGGCCAAUGAAAUCUACUUCAGACUCGGCAUCAUAUACAAACAACAACAAAAGUUCAACCAGAGCUUAGAGUGCUUCAAAUACAUCGUCAGCGACCCUCCUCGUCCUCUUACAGAGGAAGAUAUCUGGUUCCAGAUUGGCCAUGUUCAUGAGCAACAGAAGGACUUUGAGUCUGCCCAGGCAGCCUAUAGGAGGGUCCUAGACCGUGAUCCCAACCAUGCAAAGGUACUUCAACAACUCGGUUGGCUUUACCAUCAGCAAAGCAACAGCUAUGCAAGUCAAGAAAAGGCCAUUGAAUACCUUGAAAAAUCUGUUAGCGCAGACAACAGCGACGCACAAAGCUGGUACCUUCUUGGUCGUUGCUACAUGUCGCAAGCCAAGUAUCCGAAGGCCUACGAAGCAUAUCAACAGGCUGUCUACCGUGAUGGACGCAAUCCGACUUUCUGGUGUUCGAUUGGCGUUUUGUACUAUCAGAUCAACCAGUAUCGCGAUGCAUUGGACGCUUACUCUCGUGCAAUCCGCUUGAAUCCUUACAUCUCCGAGGUGUGGUACGAUCUGGGAACUCUGUAUGAGUCCUGCAACAACCAGAUCGCGGAUGCUCUUGACGCUUAUGGUCGCGCCGCCGAUCUUGAUCCUACUAAUGUCCACAUCAAGGCUCGUCUGCAGCUGCUGCAAAGCCAGCUCUCAGGCUCCAACCAGAACAGUGCUCCUGCGCCUGCUCCUCAACCUCAGGACGUUCAUCCACAGGCUUACCAGGCUCCUGGUGUGGGCGCUCCUCCAGCCCCACAGUGGGGAGCACCAGCUCCAACUGGAGGCCCGCCUCCUCAGCCUCCCGCUCCUCCAAGGCAGAUCGCCGACUGGAAUCGCGGCAUCAACGAGGUGCAGUCUCAGAAUCAGGCGCAGCCCCAGCCAGCCAACGGUUUCGACCACCGUGACCAAGUUCGGGGCCCGGUGGCUCUUCAGCAACCAAGCCCACGCCAAGAGCCUGGCAGGGCCUUCCCUGAUGGUGUUCGUGCUCCAGCAGCUCGUUCUCCGAAGACCACGGUUGCGGGCCCAGGUGCAUUUGCGCCUGCACACGCACUGCCCCAACUACCCAACCCGCCGCCGCCGCCACAUGAUCGAGCUCCCGCCGGUACUACUCCUUUUGCCUCCGCUACUCGCGGACCCUUGCCACCCGCUCCUACUUCUGCUGCACCCCCCACAGGCCCAACUGGGCCUAACGGUGCCCCUGCUUCUGCUGGACCUCUGCCACCAUACCCUCGCCCGUUCACACCGCCGACAGAGAUCCGGCCCAUCCGUGAGGAGAGGCCAUCAUCGCCCGGUUCUACCUACCCUCACCAGCAGUAUCAUCAUGGCCCGAGUGUGCCAAUUCAGGGGACUAGUAGCACUGGCAUCGCAGGUGGUGCCCCUGCUCCAGCUUCUGCGAUCACUGCUGCCGAAGCCGCUGCUCGAGAACGUGAAGAUCGCCCAACCUCGGCAAUGAAGCGGGGUCGGGAGUGGGAAGGGGAGUCGGGCCCUUCAAAGAAGGUUGCCAAUGAGGAAACCCGUGUCCGCUUGGAUGAUCAGGUCGCUCGCCGCGUGACCCCUCCGAACCGCAUGCCGUCGCCUGGCGAGAUGCAACGUCGUGGUUCCUCGGAGGCGCGACGCGAGGACCAGCGCCGCGUGAACGAGAGCUACCAUCCAUCAGAGGCUGCGCACCAUCCUCCAACCCUCCCAUCCAUUCAGCACAUGCCUCAACACGCGACCGGUUCGAGCCUGCCUCCCAUGAACGAGGGCCCUGCUCCAGCUUCCAACGGGCCUCAAGCAGGUGCUCCACCAACCCAAGUGCAGGUGAAGGAAGAACCGGCUCGUAGUGAGCAGGUUCCAGCCCAUGAGCCUGCUGCGCGUAAGAUGGACGUUGAUGAGAACUACGAUGACGAUGGGGAUGACGAGAAGAGAACCAGCACUGCCGCUAAGGGCAGUCCUGCUGCGGGUAGCAGCAGCAGCAACGGGGUUCUGAGCAGUGGCGCCCAGACUUCCCAGUCGAAACAGGAGGUCAAGAUGAGUCACCGGAAGUACGAAGCGCCUCGGCACGGCUCUCUUGCCUUCCUGCCGCGCAAGCGCGCUGCCAGACACCGUGGAAAGGUCAAGAGCUUCCCCAAGGAUGACCCCAAGAAGCCCGUCCACCUGACGGCCUCCAUGGGUUACAAGGCCGGUAUGACCACCGUCGUCCGUGACCUUGACAGACCCGGUGCCAAGAUGCACAAGAAGGAGAUUGUUGAGGCUGUUACCAUCAUCGAGACUCCUCCUCUUGUUGCUGUCGGUGUUGUCGGUUACAUCGAGACUCCCCGUGGUCUCCGCUCACUCACCACCGUCUGGGCUGAGCACCUGAGCGACGAGGUCAAGCGCCGCUUCUACAAGAACUGGUACAAGAGCAAGAAGAAGGCCUUCACCAAGUACGCCAAGAAGCACGCUGAGGAGAGCGGUGCCUCCGUCACCCGUGAGCUUGAGCGCAUCAAGAAGUACUGCACUGUCGUCCGUGUCCUCGCCCACACCCAGAUCCGCAAGACCCCUCUCAAGCAGAAGAAGGCCCACUUGAUGGAGAUCCAGGUCAACGGUGGCUCCGUUGCCGACAAGGUUGACUUCGCCCGCAACCUGUUCGAGAAGCCCAUUGAGAUCGACAGCAUCUUCGAGAAGGACGAGAUGAUCGAUGUCAUUGCCGUCACCAAGGGUCACGGUUUCCAGGGUGUCACCAGCCGUUGGGGCACCAAGAAGCUUCCCCGUAAGACUCACAAGGGUCUGCGUAAGGUUGCUUGUAUCGGUGCUUGGCAUCCUAGCCACGUCCAGUGGACUGUUGCCCGUGCCGGUCAGAUGGGUUACCACCACCGUACCUCUUGCAACCACAAGGUCUUCCGCAUUGGCAAGGGCUCUGACGAGGGUAACGCCUCCACCGAGUUCGAUAUCUCCAAGAAGCAGAUUACUCCCAUGGGUGGUUUCGUCCGCUAUGGUGAGGUCAAGAACGACUAUGUCAUGGUCAAGGGCUCCGUUCCCGGUGUCAAGAAGCGUGUUAUGACUCUGCGCAAGACCCUUUACCCCCAGACCAGCCGGAGAGCCACCGAGAAGGUCGAGCUCAAGUGGAUCGAUACCUCCUCCAAGUUCGGCCACGGUGCUUUCCAGACACCCGAGGAGAAGCGUGCAUUCAUGGGUACCCUCAAGAAGGACCUUGUUACUUCUGCUUAA